CAGAUAGUGCAAGCCAUGCUGUUCGCCGUAGAGGAGGUCAACAACAACACAUCCCUGCUGCCCGGUGUGUCUCUGGGCUAUAGGAUAUAUGAUUAAUGUGGCUCCAUAGCCAGGAGUGUGAGAGUGGCCCUGGCACUGGCUAACGGGAACCAGGAGCCAGCCUCAGAUGGGCCACGCUGCUCCAGACCAGCUCAGGUUCAAGCCAUCAUAGGGGAGGACUCAUCCUCACCUUGCAUUGCUAUUGCUACUGUCCUUGGACCAUUUAACAUCCCAGUGAUCAGCCAUUUUGCCACUUGUGGGUGCUUGAGUGACAAAAUCAAAUAUCCAUCCUUCCUCAGAACCAUCCCCAGUGAUCAUUACCAGAGUCGGGCCCUGGCCCAGCUGGUCAAACACUUUGGUUGGACCUGGGUGGGUGCAAUCAGGACCAAUGACGACUAUGGCAACUUCGGAAUGGCAACAUUCACUGAGAAGGCAAAACAGCUAGGGAUUUGUCUUGAGUACUCCGUGGCUUUCUUCAGGACGGACUCAGAGGAAAAACUGAAGAGGGUUGUAGAGAGCAUCCGCCUGUCCACCUCAAAGGUCAUUGUCACCUUCCUCUCCUUUCUCGACCUGGACGUGCUGGUGAAAGAGUUAGCACGCCACAACCUGACUGGCUACCAGUGGGUGGGCACUGAGGGAUGGAUCCUUGACUCAUACAUAGCCAGGUUGGAGGCCCACCGCAUCCUGGAUGGAGCCAUAGGCCUGUCCAUCCCCAAGGCCCACGUCACUGGGCUGGAGGAGUUCAUCCUGGACGUGAGGCCCCUCAGCUCCUCUGGCAUUGACAGCAACCUGUUCACUGAGUUUUGGGAGACUCUGUUUGACUGUUACUUCAGGCAGGGUGAGAGGUUAGAGAUGGAGAAUCAGAGAAUGUGUACAGGCAGUGAGGAUCUUUCUGGGCUGCAGAACACUUUCACUGACCUGUCUCUAAUGGGCAUCUUUAACAAUGUAUAUAAAGGGGUGCUGGCUGUCGCCCAUGUCUUUCAUAAUAUCUGGGGCUGUGGGGAGACAUGUGGAAAUAAGACACAGCCAGAUCCAAAGAUGAUUCUUGAGCAUUUGAAAAAGGUGCGUUUCAAAACAAAGGAGGGGGAGGAGGUGUAUUUCAAUGAGAACGGAGAUGUGACUGCUAGGUAUGACGUCAUCAAUUGGCAGUUGAAGGCAGACGGCAGUGUGGAGUUUGUUACCGUGGGUUUGUAUGAUGCUUCCCUGUCCACAGAUAGGCAGCUCAGCAUCAAUAACAGCUUCAUAGUGUGGACACUGAACUCCAAGCAGGUGCCUAUGUCAGUUUGCAGUAAGAGCUGUCCCCCAGGCACUCGUAAGGCCGUGCAGAAAGGAAAGCCUGUCUGCUGUUAUGACUGUAUAGCUUGUGCAGAUGAUUCUGUCUCUUGUAAUAAAUGUAAUUCUGAAUACUGGUCUAAUAAGAAGAAGGAUACAUGUGAAAAGAAAGAAACUGAAUUUCUAUCCUAUGAAGACAUCAUGGGAGUGUUGCUGACUGUUAUCUCUUUGUUAGGAACAUUUAUGACUAUUAUUGUGACACUAAUUUUCAUCAGAUACAAGAAAACCCCGAUUGUCCGGGCCAACAACUCUGAGCUGAGCUUCCUGCUCCUCUUCUCCUUGACUCUGUGUUUUCUGUGUUCUCUUACUUUCAUUGGCCGGCCCUCUGAGUGGUCCUGUAUGUUGCGCCACACAGCAUUUGGAAUCACCUUUGUCCUCUGUAUCUCUUGUGUUCUGGGGAAAACACUAGUGGUGUUGAUGGCCUUCAGGGCUACACUUCCAGGCAGUAAUGUCAUGAAAAUGUUUGGACCUCCACAGCAGAGAUUCAGUGUUCUAGCAUUUACUCUCAUACAGGUCCUGAUCUGUGUUAUUUGGUUGACAAUCUCUCCUCCAUUCCCAUACAAGAAUAUGUUGCACUAUAAAGAAAAGAUCAUUCUCGAGUGUAAUGUGGGUUCACCUUUUGGUUUCUGGGCUGUGUUAGGAUAUAUAGGACUCCUGGCUCUCUUGUGCUUUGUGCUGGCUUUUCUGGCUCGGAAGCUGCCUGAUAAUUUCAACGAGGCCAAAUUCAUCACUUUCAGCAUGCUCAUAUUCUGUGCAGUCUGGAUCACCUUUAUCCCUGCUUAUGUCAGCUCUCCUGGGAAGUUUACAGUAGCUGUCGAAAUAUUUGCAAUUCUGGCCUCUAGCUUUGGUUUACUGUUCUGUAUUUUUAUUCCAAAAUGUUAUCUAAUUUUAAUGAAACCAGAACAAAAUAUUAAAAAGAAUAUUGUGGUAAAAAUGUCAAGAAAAUAG